AUGGUUCCCUCAUCCCCCCAACACUUCCUUGGCACGACCUACGCCGUCGCCACUCUUCCCUCCCUCCGCCGUGAUUGCACCCUCCUCGCCUGCGGAUCCCACCGCUGCGAGUGCAUCAUCGCCCCCCGUCGUCGCGACACACCGUCGCUGCCCCCCCUCCCCCCUUCUUUUUUCCGCCGCCGCGCCUUCUCUGGCGCCGCCUGCGCAUCCCGCCGCGACGCGUCGUCGCCGCCUCCUCCUCCCCCUGCCGCGACCCCCCGUCGCCGUCUCCCUCCCGCCGCCGCGCCUACUUCGGCGUCGCCCGCGCAUUCCCCCGCCGCGACACCCCGUCGUCGCCUGCCCCUCCCGCUGUCGCGACGUCGCAUCGCCGCCUCCCCCUACCGCCGCCGCGCCUUCCUCGGAGCCGCCUGCGCAUCCCGCCGUCGCGACGCCCCGUCGUCGCCUCCCGUCCCGCCGCCGCGACAUCGCGUCGCCGCCUGCGCUCCCCAUCGCCGCGACCCCCUCGUCGCCCCCUACGCAUCCCGCCGCCGCGACCCGCUCGUCGCCGCCCGCACGAUCCGCCGCCGCGACUUCCCGUCGCCGCCUACGCAUCCCGCUGCCGCGACCUUCUCGUCGCCGCCUGCACGACCCACCGCCGCGACUUCGCGUCGCCGCUUGCACGACCCGCCGCCGCGACUCCGCGUCGCCGCCUGCGUAUCUCGCCGCCGCAACCUUCUCGUCGCCGCCUGCACCCCUUGCCGCCGCGACCUAAAGUCGCCGCCCGCGCGAUCUUUUCCUGCGACCUGCUCGUCGCCGCCCGCACAUCCCGUCGCCGCGACCUAA